AUCUAUGCUUAUGUUUAUAGUUUCGGACCUUAACUCCCUGGGCCCUUUCUUAGGCUCUUAUUUACUGACGAUUCAUUUCUUCUUCAACUGCUGUUGCAGCUUUGCCACAUCUUUUUGCUCUCUCACAUUCUGCAUUUUUCUUAACUUGUGGGGAGCCACAGGUGGUUUCAUGUAUCCAGGCUGUAGAAUAAUGAUUGGACAUGAGGGUGGAAAGAUAUUUUGAUGUACAUAGAGAGCUUGAGUAAAGAAGGUUUUUAUGGGCAAAGUCAUGUGGACUCUACUAGUAUGAUUUUGUUGUAUGGUCUGGAAUAAAAUGGAGAGGUGACAAGAAAGCAUAGCAAAGGAGGUGUCAUAUUCAGGGGUUUGUUUUGAGACAGGAUCUCACGUAUCCUCAGCUAGCAGUGCUGGCCUGGGACUUUUUUUUGUUGUUGUUUUGUUUUGUUUUUCGAAACAUGGUUUUUCUAGAUUGCCCUGGCUAUUCUGGAACUCACUCUGUAGACCAGGCUGGUCUCGAACUCAGAAAUCUGCCUGCCUCUGCCUCACAAGUGCUGGGAUUAAAGGCGUGCACCACUACUGCCCAGCUGGCCUGGGACUUCUUGAUCUUUCUGCUUCUGUGCUGGAUUGGUAUUAUCCAUGUCUGCCAUCACUCCUGGGUUAGGUAGAAUUUUUUUUUUAAAGGUUUAUUUUUUAUUAUAAAUACACUGUAGCUGUCUUCAGAUGCACCAGAAGAGGGUGUCAGAUCUCAUUACGGAUGGUUGUGAGCCAUCAUGUGGUUGCUGGGAUUUGAACUCAGGACCUUCGGAAGAGCAGUCAGUGCUCUUAACAUCAAAAAGAACUUAACCAUAUAAUCUUGCCUUCCUUUUAUCCUCAGAACUAUUUAUGCCUGGGGUCAUGGUGCACUCCUUUAAUCCCAGCACUGGGGGGUUGGGGGCAGAGGCAGGUGGAUCUCAAUGAAUUCUAGCACAGCCAGGGCUACAUAGAGAAACUAUCAAAAUAAGCAAACCAAGGAAAGCCAGAGCCAGGUAAUCUCUGAAUUUGAGGACAGCUUUGUCUAUAUACUGAGUUCCAGGCCAGCCAGGCAGGAGCUACAUAAUAAAAUCCUGUGUCAAAACAAAGCCAAAAAAAAGGCUACCUAGUAUGAGGUUUUAAGAUUCUAUCUUUCUCCUGUUUCUGGUAUCCACAACAGUUUCCUUCUCUGUGCUUGUUGAAGAGUAAGUACGUUUACACAUGCUUGCCUUUCAAGAGAUUCAGAAUCUUAAGCUGAUGGAAAGGAUUCCAACCAUGUAUUUAGUCUCCUCACCUGAGUCACUGGAGGAAUUUCCCAGUAAGACAGCAUUCCUGAGUAUAGGGUUAGGACAGUAGACAGCAUGCUUUGAGAAGGGUGGAGUCCCCAUGCCCAAGCAAGAGCUCAUUUGUUGGGCUUAAAAGUGCCUUGACUAUAUCGUCCACAGGUGAUGGAGGACGAGGAGAAGGCAGCGGAGAGCUUGGUGAGCAACAUGGAAGCUGCUCAUUCUCCAUCCCCUAUCCAGUGCUGCUGGCUCCGCCUCCAAUACUUGGCAGCUACUAGCAUUAUCUGUGGCUGUUCUUGCCUAGGGAUCAUGGCUCUUGUGUUUGCCAUCAAGGCAGAAGAGCGGCAUAAGGCAGGCCAAUCGGAGGAGGCCUCAUACUUGAGGGCCCGGGCCCGGAGACUCAUUCUGGCCAGUUUUGCUGUCUGGCUUGCUGUCCUUUUUCUGGGCCCCCUGCUGCUAUGGCUUCUCUCUUACACCAUUGCUCAGGCUGAAUAACCCUGGGUGGCCUUUGCUGAGAGUCAGUCAAGACCUGGAUCCAAUCCAUCAGUUCGGCAGUACUCAGUUCUGGUGACAGGAGUGGCUCGUGGUUCUUCCUGUCUGGAAGAAUGUUGCCUUUCUCGGGAGCGGUUGGAAGAGCUCAACUAGUCUGUUCAAAGCACCUGAGACUUCAAGGGGAGGUCAGCCUGCUAUGUUCUUUCAUUAUCCUUUGCUUUGUCUCCCUUGCCCUUCCAUUCUAGGAGCCUCCAGUGAAAGGGGUGAAAACCAGGCUUGAUUUUCUUAGAAUUUGUUUUGUAAUAAAAAUCUUUUUUGGUGGUGAAA